AUGUAUAUCAAUGCAUAUCAAUAAGGAAAAAUACUAAAACUGCUUUACAUUGAUUUUUAAAUGCUUGAAUCCCAACACUCAUCUCUUCCUCAAUUUUCAAGUUAAUCUCGCUUUCUCAUUUCAUAAUGUAAUCAAACCACCUACUUUCUAUAACAUAUAAGCUUGCUUCUCCAUAUUUAUUACAUAAAGUCAUAAUUUCAACAGGCAAAUUUUAUUCAUAAAAUUACUUCCACUCAAAGUGGCUCAUCUAUUCAAAAAUCCUAUGUAAAAGGAAUGUUCACGUUAUUCUCCACUCAAUAAUUCAGUUUGCAAUCAAAAUAAUAUAGAUUCCUUAUCAUUUAUAUUAUGAUGCUGGAGAUUUUAUUCCUUCAUUUCAAAUGGUAUUCCAACUCAUAUUAUGAGAUGAUAUUAACAUUCUAAAUGAUUAUUGGUAUUAGAGUCAACCUAAUGCAGCUCUAACAUUUUUAGAUUAUAUUUUGUCUGAUGAAAAGAAAUCCAUAUUCUCAAAGUUAUAUCAUCUAAGUUAACACUUUUCUUCUCUUUGUUGUGUUAUAAAUGGCUACUAUUUAGAGAUUACCAUCUAAUUAGAGGAGAAUGAGGUCUUUUUAAAAUGGUUAGAUUGAACCAUUUACUUCUAUUAUUAGUUCAGGCGUCGAUAAAAUGAGAUGCCAAUUCAGAGGAUAGUUGAUGAUGGCUUAAAGGGAUUUUGAGAGUUUUAAGGAAAUGUUUGGCCACUAGUCUGACAUUUACCAAGAAUAAUUUAAGAAUUAAAUGUUCUUAAAAUAGUUUAAAUUAGGAUGA